UUCCUCCGUUCGGCAGCCAUUUUUGUCCGCCUAACAGUACAAAGUGGGAGAUUCAGCCUCCCUCGUGUUUCCCCCCUCUACAGUAAUAAACAUACAAAUCACAAACAGACGACUUUUUUCUUCAUAGUUCCGCUGCUUACUCUCCUAUCCUCUCCUCUCCUCUCCUCUCCUCUCCUCUUUCUUCAGCUCCCUCUGCUGCCUGCUGAAAUCCCCCGAAGAAACUCUAGGUAACUGGGUUUUUGCUUCCUUUUCCAAUAAAAUCGGAGCUGGGUUUUGCUAAUCUCAGUUUUCCGGUUGAUGGGCAUGUGAUUGAGAGAAGGAAAGCUGAAAGCUUCUCUUACCUGAUUUUGGCUUGCUGUACCAAGGACGGAGGGCUUAGCUGUUCCGUUGUUUUUGUCUGAUUCAUGUGGCUAGAAGGUGAAUUGACCCCACGGAAGGGACGAAUUGUAUUGUUGCGAUGAUGACACUGCGAAAUUAAUGUGUGGGAAAUUCUGUUGUCUUUUUUCUUCUUCUUUGCUAUAGUCUGUUUGAUUGAGCUGGAGUUGUGUCUAUCCAUCCAUCCUCAAUCGCCUAUCUCUGCUCUACUUUCCAUUCCUUCUUUCUUCUUUCUGUUGGCAAUUUGUUUGUUUUCUUCUGCCUCUCUCUGCCACCUUCUUUUCCUUUUACACUCUUCAGUCUGCAACCUUUCAAGCAUUAAAUCGCUUCUGGCUCUUAGGAGCGGUUCUGUUUCUUCUUCCACCUUGGAUUCGGCUUUGGCAGUAGAUAAGUUAAGAGUUGUUUAAUUUUGUGAUUUUCUUCUUCUCUCUCCCUAGAUGAGGCCGCUGGGUCCAGGUUCAUGAAUAAGUUCCUUGGCAAGCUUGGUUUUCUGCUACUUUAUUACUUCAAGAAAGGUCUAGCUUUUCCAAUAGGGAGUGAUUUCCUUGUUUUCGUACCAUUGGGUGUUCUUAGCGGCUGGUUUUAGUCUCUAGAAACGGAUUUUUUUUUGGGUUCCCUAUGAAUUCUAGCAUGGAGAUAGAAGGUAGGAACGAUAUCGAUGAAGACAGCGAGUCAAACAGAGGCAGCAUGUGGGAUUUGGAUCAGAAGCUUGAUCAGCCCAUGGAUGAAGAAGCUGGAAAGCUCAAAACUAUUUACAGGGAAAAGAAAUUCUCAGCAAUUCUGCUUCUUCGGCUAGCAUUCCAAAGUCUUGGAGUUGUUUAUGGGGACUUGGGCACAUCUCCAUUGUAUGUGUUCUAUAAUACUUUCCCCAAGGGAAUCUCUGAUCCGGAGGAUGUAAUUGGAGCUCUUUCCCUUAUAAUAUACUCUCUUACUCUUAUCCCUCUCCUCAAGUAUGUCUUCAUUGUGUGCAAAGCAAAUGACAAUGGUCAAGGUGGUACACUGGCUCUGUACUCUUUACUUUGUCGACAUGCAAAAGUAAAGACGAUUCCCAAUCAACACCGGACGGAUGAGGAUCUGACAACCUAUAGUCGCUCUACUUUCCAUGAACAAUCUUUUGCUGCUAAAACUAAGCGAUGGUUAGAGAAUUAUGCAUUUCGGAAGACUGGGCUUCUUAUUCUUGUUCUUGUCGGUACCUGUAUGGUGAUUGGCGAUGGAAUUUUGACUCCUGCUAUUUCUGGUAACUGGUUACCCUCUUCUCUGAUCAGUUUCAUGUCCAAAUUCUCUGCAGUGUGAUCUGCUCUCACAUGAUGUCCUGAAAGAAGAUUCUCCUUAGUAGAUUGUGGCUGGAACAAUCUAAUUUCAUGGUUCAUCCCUUGUCUUUUAUGUAGUAUUUAUACCAUCUUGGUGAUAAUCUCACGGCAGUUUCAAGUGUCUACCUACAGUUCGGCUGCUUUUGUGAGUAGCUGUAUCUGAGUAACUGUCUUCGGUACAUCUAGUUAGUUUUCAUAUCUGGGAAAAUAGUGCAGAAUCCAUGUACAUGUGGUACAAGGGAUAACUAGAAAUCUAGUUAGCUUUCAUUUUGACUAUAACAAGGUUGCUGGUGUCAAGGAAGAAUCACACAUUUGUUUAUCAUGAUGUCUAGUCAUUUCCUAGAACAUUUACUUCAUAGGUUACGACUCAUUAACCUUGUUUGUUGAAUCCAAAAUUCACUUCCCCAGCUUUUCAUUACGAGUUUGUCUGUCUCUCUCACCUCAGUCAAAUUCAGCAGGGGCUUAGUUAGCAACAAAUUCGCCAGAAAAUCUGAGUAUUAAGUUCUUAGCUUGCAGUGUGGCUAUUGCAUCGUCCGUGUUCCACUUUGAAAAUGUCAUAAAAUUAUAAUGUGUAAUUCUUUGGAACGUUUCUACCCAGGGGAACAUAUAUUUACAUAACAUUCGCUUUGCUCCAUGUCUUGCAGUUCUUUCUGCCGCUGGAGGGAUCAAGGUGAACAAGCCAGGAAUGAGUGGGGAUGUCGUCAUAGUGGUUGCUGUUGUAAUAUUAGUAUGUCUCUUCAGCAUGCAACAUUACGGGACCGAUAAAGUUGGCUGGCUCUUUGCUCCCAUCGUCCUUCUUUGGUUUCUGUUAAUUGGGAGUAUUGGCAUAUACAACAUAUGCAAAUAUGAUGCAAGUGUUCUUAAAGCCUUUUCGCCUGUGUAUGUUUACCGAUAUCUUAAAAGGGGAGGCAGAGACGGGUUUAUGUCUCUUGGAGGGAUCAUGCUUAGUAUUACAGGUACCGAGGCACUUUUUGCUGAUCUAGCCCAUUUCCCUGUUUCGGCCAUUCAACUUGCUUUUACGGUAGUAGUUUUCCCUUGCCUCCUGCUUGCAUAUUCUGGUCAAGCUGCUUAUCUUGUGAAAAACAAGGAACACGUAGUUGAUGCUUUUUACCGCUCUAUCCCAGAGAGCAUAUACUGGCCAGUGUUUCUUAUCGCUACUGCAGCAGCUGUGGUUGCAAGUCAGGCCACAAUCUCAGCGACAUUCUCAAUAAUCAAGCAGGCACACGCUCACGGCUGCUUCCCAAGAGUGAAAGUGGUGCAUACCUCCAAGAAUUUCCUAGGACAGAUAUACGUCCCCGAUAUCAAUUGGAUCCUUAUGAUUCUGUGCAUCUGCGUCACCGCUGGAUUUAAGAACCAAAGCCAAAUCGGAAAUGCUUAUGGGACGGCAGUGGUAAUAGUCAUGCUGGUGACUACCCUCCUGAUGGUCCUGAUCAUGAUCCUUGUGUGGCGCUGCCACUGGAUCCUAGUCGUGCUCUUCACCGGCCUAUCCCUUGUGGUGGAAUGCACCUACUUCUCGGCCGUGCUCUUCAAGGUCGACCAGGGAGGUUGGGUCCCACUCGUCAUCGCGGGUGCUUUCCUCAUCGUCAUGUACGUCUGGCACUACGGCACACUCAAACGCUACGAGUUCGAAAUGCACAGUAAGGUCUCGAUGGCGUGGAUCGUAGGCCUCGGCCCCAGUCUGGGACUCGUGAGGGUCCCCGGGAUAGGCCUGGUCUACACUGAGCUUGCCAGUGGCGUCCCGCACAUCUUCUCCCAUUUCAUCACCAAUCUUCCCGCCAUCCACUCCGUCGUGGUUUUCGUGUGCGUCAAGUAUCUCCCCGUGUACACGGUACCUGAAGAGGAGCGGUUUCUGGUAAAAAGGAUCGGCCCCAAGAACUUCAGAAUGUUUAGGUGCGUGGCCAGGUACGGAUACAAGGACCUUCACAAGAAAGAUGACGACUUUGAGAAGAAGCUGUUCGACAGUCUCUUCCUCUUCGUCCGGCUCGAGUCCAUGAUGGACGGGUGUUCGGAUUCCGACGAGUACAGCUUGUACGGACAGCAAACACAACAUUCAAGGGAUGGACUGUUGAACGAGAACGGGAACACGGUUGGGUCGGUGGUGGAUACGACGCUGUCUUCCAUAGAUUCGAUCGUGCCGGUGAAGGUGACGACGACGGUGGGAUCUUCGGGGCAGGCGAGCAGCCAGACGGAGGUUGACGAGGUGGAGUUCUUGCGUAGCUGUCAGGACGCGGGAGUUGUACAUAUAAUGGGGAACACGGUGGUGAGAGCGCGGAGGGAGUCGAGGUUCUACAAGAAGAUUGCGGUGGAUUACAUAUACGCGUUCCUUAGGAAGAUUUGUAGAGAGCAUAGUGUGAUUUUUAAUGUCCCCCAUGAGAGCCUGUUGAACGUUGGACAGGUCUUCUAUGUGUAAUUAAGAAGAAAUCUUGUGCUGUGCUUCGUUCCCGUUGUUAGUCGGGUGAUUGUUUGAAAAAAAAGCGGGAAAUGGCCCACUCUCUCAUUGUCAUCUCUAUCGCAGUAUCAGGAUCUGUGACGCUGCCGGCGUGUCGAAUGGUGGUUCUUUGCUACCCAAUUGGUCACAGGCUCACAGCAAUGGCAUAGGCUCACCAAGUCGAGCCUUCUAAACUCCAUAGUCCAUACCCAGUUGCCUUCCUCUGUACAUUUUUGGUGAAACGGCUUUUCCAUUUUUUCGCCAUUUUUAGUUUGGGCAGUCAAAUUCUGUUUCUGAUUCCAAAUAUAGCAAUUUAUUGAUCGUCUCUCAUUAGGCUCUGAUAUUUCUGGGUGUUCACUUUUUCUCCUUGAUGUCUCACUCCGCUCCAACGAUGCCCAUCGAUCGAGGGUUUCAGAAACACAAAGCCAUUCAGUCUUGCGAAAUACGUCGGGACAAGUAUCGAGAAUGUGGGGUUCGAUCGUGACUGAGAAGACAUGAAAUGAGAGAUUGAUUGAUGCCUGCUGUAUUGGAGAAAUUUGUUUGACGAGAUAAUGACUGCAAAGGGCGAGAAGAAUGAAGCCAACGAAAAUGGCCGGUUGUGGGCUCUUGAUCAACAGUUCGAUCAGCCCAUGGACAUCGAAGCCGAAUGCGUCAGAAGCCAGAUUGAUGAACAAGUGCAUCAUCGUAAACCUUCCAGUUUGGUGCUGUUGGCAUUCCAAAGUCUUGGUAUUGUUUAUGGAGAUUUAGGCACAUCACCCUUGUAUGUUUUCUACAACAUAUUCCCUGAUGGAAUCAAGGAUCCAGAGGAUGUGGUCGGUGCACUGUCAUUCAUUAUCUACUCUCUUGCUCUAAUUCCUUUGGUGAAAUAUCUCUUUAUUGUCUCUAGAGCCACUGACAAUGGUCAAGGUGGAACUUUUGCUCUUUAUUCACUGCUUUGUAGACAUGCUAAAAUAAGGACUAUAUCCAACCAAGAUCACACGGAUGAGCGGCUGAGAACAUAUAGUACCUCUACUGUCCAUGAAAAAUCGUUUGCGGCAAAGACCAAGAGAUGGCUGGAGAGUCAUUCUUAUACUAAGAACGGACUCCUUGUUCUUGUUAUUAUUGGCUCAUCCAUGUUAAUUGGGGACGGUGUUAUUAUACCUUGCAUUUCAGUUGUGUCAGCUCUCAACGGGAUCAAGCUAAGUCAUCCUCAGAUGAGUCAGGAAGUUGCAAUGGGAGUCGCGGUUGUCAUAUUCAUAGCUUUGUUCUGGUUGCAACGCUUUGGGACGGAGAAAAUCAGCUGGUUGUUUGCUCCAAUUAUACUGAUUUGGUUUAUCUCAAUUGGAGGAAUUGGCAUAUUCAACAUUCUGAAGUAUGGUAGCCGAGCUCUCAAAGCCUUUUCACCUGUAUAUAUGUAUCGGGCUUUUAAUGGGAACCACAAGGAUGCUUGGCUAUCUCUUGGAGGUGUCAUGCUCAGUAUAGCGGGAUCAGAAGCUCUAUUUGCUGAUAUCUCCAAUUUCUCGGUUGCAGCAAUCCAAAUCGCCUUCUUUCUGGUCGUAUUGCCUUGUCUUAUUUUAUCCUAUUUGGGCCAGGCAGCCUAUCUUAUGGAACACUCAGAUCGUGUGAAUGAUGCAUUUUAUAGCUCAAUUCCAGAUAACCUAUACUGGGCUAUGAUGGUUGUUGCAACUGCUGCUGCUAUUGUUGCUUGCCAGACCACCAUAUCAGCAACCUUCUCAUUGGUCAAGCAAGCUUUAGCCCUGGAUUGCUUUCCAAGAGUUAAAAUUGUGCACACAUCGAAGAAGUCAAGUACGGAAAUCUACAUACCAGAGGUCAACUGGAUCCUCAUGGUCCUCUGCAUUGCCGUGACAGUUGGUUUCAAGAACCAGAUCCACAUUGGCAAUGCAUCAGGCACUGCAGUAGUGGUAGUCACCCUAGUCACCACAUUUCUGGUAACCCUGAUCAUGAUACUAGUGUGGAGAUGCCAUUGGGUAUUUGUUCUCAUCUUUGCUGCUUUCUUCUUCCUCGUAGAAGGAACUUACUUCUCCUCCAUAAUCCUCAAAUUCAAUGAAGGUGGUUGGGUUCCCCUAGCCAUUUCAGCAUGCUGUUUCAUUACAAUGUACGGGUGGCACUAUGGGAGACAAAAAUGCUACGAGUUCGAGAUGCAUGGUAAAGUCUCGAUGGCGUGGUUGGUCGGGUUGGGACCCAGCCUGGGACUUGUUCGAGUCCCAGGCAUAGGUCUGGUGUACACGAAGCUCGUGAGUGGUGUCCCACAUAUCUUCUCACACUUCAUCACCAACUUGCCAGCUAUCCACUCUGUCGUCAUCUUCAUCUGCAUCAAGUACCUCCCAGUCUGCACAGUCCCACAAGAGGAGAGAUUCCUUGUCAGGAGAAUCGGGCCCAAGGACUUCCACAUGUUCCGCUGCGUGGCAAGAUAUGGUUACAAGGACCUCCACAAGAAAGACGACGACUUCGAGAGCAGGCUUUUCGAGAGCAUCUAUAGACACGUGAGGCUUGAUUCGUUAAUGGACAUGGACUGCUACUCGGAUAUAGAUGACGAAUUCAGCUUGGAUGAAAAUGAUGCUGAUGAUGAGGACGUAGUGGUGCCGGUUUCAGUUGGAACAGUACCGGCAUCUCCUGGGAGGAGCAGGAACCUGGAAGCUGAGCAGGAGUUGGAGCUGCUGAGGAGUUGCAGGGAUGCAGGGGUGGUGCACAUACUAGGGAAUACGUUGGUGGCUGCGAGGGAGGAUUCUCCUUGGUGUAAGAGAAUAGCCAUUGAUUAUGUGUAUGCUUUGCUUAGGAAACUCUCCAGGGAGAACAGUGUGUUGUUUAAUAUCCCCAGAGAGAGCUCGUUGAACGUUGGACAGGAGCAGGAUCUUCAGUUCGCUAGGAUGCAACAACUCAAAUCUGGGUACUUGUCUUAUCUCUCGUUGUGAUGCAUCAGUGCAUUCAUUGUACUCGGAGAUACUGACGGAGCCUCAAAACUGGCUUCUGACGCUCAUACUUUGUCGCUUGCGUUUCGUGUUUAUAGGUGGCCAGUUCUCUCGUGAGUGAAUCUUUUCACCGAUUUGU